AUGCUGGUUAGUUGGUAUUGUGACAGCAUAGUCUUGAGACUGAAGGGAAAACCCGUGAAAUUAAUUAACAUUUGGUCUAUUUUUCCAACCAGCCUGUGUUUGAUGAUGUGGAUGACAAGUUCCCUGGCCAAAAAGACAGUACAGCCAAAGAGAAGGUAUUUUGACAUGGUUCAAGGUCCUCCAGCCGCUUGGAGGCUAUUUCACUUGUACCCCAAAGAACUGGCUAGAAACACUACCCCUGGUCCGAGCAAGUUGAUUUCUAGCCUCAAGACUCCCCAGGAUGUCUCUUCUAAGACUACAAUGUUGCCUUGGGCCCAAAAGAGGAAAACCGGUCCAAUAGAGUUGACCCCACCAAGGGUCAUGACACCCCGCCCUGGGAGAGGAAGUAGAUCAGGACAGCAACUGGAGAUGGACAUGAUUUAA